AUCAUACGCAAACUUCCUAUAAAUGAAGUGUGAAUGUCUAGUUCUGUGAGUCUCAUGCAUCUCGGUGUACACAUAUUUUCGGUGUUUUAGGACUCGGUGACCAUAGAUGAUUUGGCUGUGGACUUCACACUGGAGGAGUGGGCUUUAUUGGGUCCUUCACAGAGGAAACUCUACAGAGAUGUGAUGCAGGAAACCUUAAGGAAUCUGGCUGCAGUCGGAGCAAAACGGGAAUAUCAUGACAUUGAAGAUCAGUACAAAAACCAGGGGAGAAAAUUAAGAACUUUUAUGGUAGAGAGAUUCUGUAAAAGUAAAGACAUUAGUUUAUGUGGAGAAAAUUUCAACCUUAUUCCAACUCUCAAUCUGAACAAGAAAAUUCCUGGAUUAAAACCAUGUGAAUGCAGUGCAUGUGGAACAGUCUUCACGGAUCAUUCAUCCCUUAAUAGACACAUGAGAUGUCACAUUGAACACAAAACACGGGAGUAUCAAAAAUAUAGUGUAAAGCCAUAUAAAUGUAAAGAAUGUGGGAAAGCAUUCAUUUAUCCUGGUUCUCUUCGAACACAUGAAAGGAGUCACACUGGAGAGAAACCCUAUGAAUGUAAACAAUGUGGAAAAGCAUUUCCAUAUCAGAAAUCCUUCCGAACACAUAAAAGAAUUCACAGUGGAGAGAAACCCUAUGAAUGCAAGCAAUGUGGUAAAAGAUUCAGUGCUCAGAAACGUUUCCAAAUACAUGAAAGUAAUCACACUGGGAAAAAACCCUAUGAAUGUAAGGAAUGUGGGAAGGCCUUUACGUGGGAAACAAGCUUUCAACAACACAUGGUAACACACACUGGAGAUGGAUUUUAUAAAUGUAAGAAAUGUGAGAAAGCAUUCAUUUAUCCCAGUUGUCUUCGAAUGCAUGAAAGGAGUCACAACGGAGAGAAACCCUAUCAAUGUAAACAAUGUGGAAAAGCCUUUAAAAGUCCUGAAACUAUUCAAAUACAUGAAAGAAUUCACAGAGGAGAGAAACCCUAUGAAUGUAAGCAGUGUGGUAAAGCCUUUAAUUAUUUCAGUUCCUUCCAAAUACACAAAAGAAAUCACACAGGAGAGACACUGUAUGUAUGUAAAACAUGUUCUAAAGUACUGAGUACUGCCAGUUCUCUUCGAAAUCAUGAAAGAAUCCACACUGGAGAAAAGCCCUAUAAGUGUAAAGAAUGUGGGAAAGCCUUCACAUGGCAAAAAACCUUUCGAAAACAUAUGAUAACACACACUAGAGAUGGACCUUAUAAAUGUAAAAAAUGUGAGAGAGUAUUCAUUAAUCCUAGUUCUCUUAAAAUACAUGAAAGGAUUCACACUGGAGAGAAACCGUAUCAAUGUAAACAAUGUGGCAAAGCCUUUAGUUACUACUGUUCCUUACGAGUACACAGAAGAACUCACACUGGAGAGAAACCCUAUGUAUGUACACAAUGUGGAAAAGCCUUUAGUUGUCAUGAAAGCCUUCAAACACAUGAAAGAAUUCACACAGGAGAGAAACCGUAUCAAUGUAAACACUGUGAGAAAGCCUACAGAUACCACAGUUCUCUUCGAACCCAUGAAAGGAGUCACACUGGAGAGAAACCUUAUCAAUGUAAACAAUGUGGUAAACGUUUUAGUUCUCAAAAAGGUUUCAAAGUUCAUGAAAGAACCCAUACUGGAGAAAAACCCUAUGAAUGUAAAAUAUGUGGGAAAACCUUCCGUUCCACUUACGUUCAACUGCAUGAAAAAAUUCACACUGGAUAGAAAACCUAUCAAUGUCGGGAAUGUGGGAAAGCCUUCGUUUAUCUCUCAAUCAUUUGAAGACACAUGAGACUGCACACUGCAUAGAAAACAUAUAAAAUGUGGAGAAUGGGAAAGGCUUUUCUGAUCUCAGUAGUUUAAAAGGAUGAAAGGAUUCCCUAGAUAAAACCUCAUUUGUAAACAGCCUGGGCAACAACUUCAGUUGGCCAUCAUGUAUGAGAAUUCCCAUGAAGAAGAAGUAUAAAUGUAAAUAAAAUGAGAUAACUUAAUGGAAAGUACUCCGUGCCUAAUGUUCCAGAAAACCUUCAAUAUGAAAGAGUUGUUUUAAAAGUUUUAUAAAUAAGUUGUUUAGUAAGGAUCUUUCUUCAAGUGUAUCCUUGAACAGUGGAUUUCUCCUAAUUUUAGAAAUGAAUAUUAAUGUGAGGUAAUUGUGUACAUUGUCUUUCAACAAUAGUACAUAAGAUUUAAAGGUAGUGAUUUUUCCUUUAAUCAGAUAAUGAUUAUUUUUCUUUCCAUUUUAACCCUGUUGGAUCCAUGGGUGAACUUAAGUGUAUUUCUUUUUUUUCCUUUUUUUUUAUUGGCUGUGCCAUGUGGCAUGUGGGAUCUUAGUCCCCUCACCAGUGAUCAAACCUGUACCCCCUGCAGUGGGAGCACAGAGUUUUAACCACUGGACUGCCAGGGAAGUCCCCAAGUGCAUUUCUAAUAUGCAGUUAGUCUUAAAUUUUUAUAAUGUUCUAUUCAUUCUCAGUUAAUGAGCCAUUGCAAAAUGGCAGUUUGGUAUUUGUUGGGAUAUGCCUAGUAGCUUAGUGUGGCAGUUCCUGGAUAUUCAUAAUCUAUUAUAUAUAGUACCCUUUUCACUGAGAAAGAUACUUUUUGAUGGUGGUGAGUAUAGGAGCCUUUUUCCAUUUUCCAUUCUAUUAAACACUUGGAAUAAAUUUUAUGUAUGGGAAGGAUGUCAAAAAGUAUAGUUUCAUGUAAAUUAUGCUUUGUAUUUCCUUCUGACUGGUAUUUGGUGAAUAAACUAUGAGACUUGUGAUAAUACAAAAAAUCUAGAGUUGGAGAUAUCUUGCCUGUGAGUAAUAUUAAGACCUAGAUUUUCCAUAAUCCAUCCUCUUUUUGGUUCCA